CAGUGCCCGCGGCCCCGAGCCCGCUCCGCUCCGCUCCGCUCCCCCGCGCCGCGCCGCGCCGCGCAGCCAUGGCCGAGGGCGGGGAGGGCGAGGAUGACAUCCAGUUCCUGCGCACCGAGGACGAGGUGGUGCUGCAGUGCACGACCACGGUGCUUAAGGAGCAGCUCAAGCUCUGCCUGGCAGCCGAGGGAUUCGGGAACCGCCUCUGCUCCCUGGAGCCCACCUCUAAUGCCCAGAAUGUGCCCCCCGACCUGGCCGUGUGCUGCCUGGUGCUGGAGCAGUCGCUGUCGGUGCGGGCGCUGCAGGAGAUGCUGGCCAACACGGUGGAGGUGGGCAGCGAGUCCUCACAGGGCGGCGGGCACCGGACCCUGCUCUACGGCCACGCCAUCCUGCUGCGCCACUCUCACAGCGGCAUGUACCUGAGCUGCCUGACCACCUCGCGCUCCCUGACCGACAAGCUCGCCUUCGACGUGGGGCUGCAGGAAGAUGCCUCUGGCGAGGCGUGCUGGUGGACCAUCCACCCGGCCUCCAAGCAGCGCUCGGAGGGUGAGAAGGUGCGAGUGGGCGACGACCUGAUCCUGGUCAGCGUCUCCUCCGAGCGCUACCUGCACCUGUCCACGGCCAGCGGGGAGCUGCAGGCGGACGCCUCCUUCAUGCAGACGCUCUGGAACAUGAACCCCAUCUGCUCUGGCUGCGAGGAAGGCUACGUGACAGGCGGCCACGUCAUGCGGCUCUUCCACGGGCACAUGGACGAGUGUCUGACCAUCUCCUCCGACCCUGGCGACGACCAGCUCAGCAGCACAGUGAACUACGAGGGGGGGCCCGUGUGCACCCACGCCCGCUCCCUCUGGCGGCUGGAGCCCCUACGCAUCAGCUGGAGCGGGAGCCACAUGAAGUGGGGGCAGCCGUUCCGGGUGCGACACGUCACCACGGGCCGGUACCUGGCGCUGGCCGAGGACAAGGGGCUGGUGGUGCUGGACGCCCAGAAGGCCAACACCAAGACUUCAGCCUUCUGCUUCCGCGCCUCCAAGGAAAAGCUGGACGUGGCCCCCAAGCGGGACGUGGAGGGCAUGGGGGCCCCCGAGAUCAAGUACGGGGAGUCCAUGUGCUUCGUGCAGCACGUGGCCAGCGGGCUCUGGCUCACCUACGCCGCCGCCGACGCCAAGGCCCUGCGCAUGGGGCUGCUCAAGAGGAAGGCCAUCCUGCACCAGGAGGGACACAUGGACGACGCGCUAUCGCUGACGCGCUCCCAGCGCGAGGAGUCGCAGGCGGCGCGCAUGAUCUACAGCACCUCCGGGCUCUACAGCCAUUUCAUCAGGGACCUGGACAGCCUGAGCGGGAAGGGCCGAGGCACCGGGACGAGCGUGGCGCUGCCCAUCGCUGGCAUGAUCCUGAGCCUGCAGGACCUGAUCACCUACUUCCAGCACCCGGAGGAGCAGCUGCAGCACGAGGAGAAGCAGAGCAAGCUGCGCUCGCUCCGGAGCCGCCAGAACCUCUUCCAGGAGGAGGGAAUGAUCACGCUGGUGCUGAACUGCAUCGACCGCCUGAACGUGUACAGCACGGCCGCCCACUUCGCCGAGUUCGCGGGCGAGGAGGCGGCCGAGUCCUGGAAGACCAUUGUCAACCUGCUCUACGAGCUGCUGGCCUCGCUGAUCCGGGGAAACCGCUCCAACUGCGCCCUCUUCUCCAACAACCUGGAUUGGGUGGUCAGCAAGCUGGACCGCCUGGAGGCCUCCUCGGGCAUCCUGGAGGUACUGUACUGCGUGCUCAUUGAGAGCCCCGAGGUGCUCAACAUCAUCCAGGAGAACCACAUCAAGUCCAUCAUCUCCCUGCUGGACAAGCACGGCCGCAACCACAAGGUGCUGGACGUGCUGUGCUCCCUGUGCGUGUGCAACGGGGUGGCCGUACGCUCCAACCAGAACCUCAUCUCUGGGAACCUGCUCCCACGCCGCGACCUGCUGCUGCAAACCAGCCUCAUCAACUACGUCACCAGCAUGCGCCCCAACAUCUUUCUGGGCACGCACGAGGGUUCAACGCAGUACAAGAAGUGGUACUACGAGGUCAUCGUGGACUACGUGGAGCCCUUCGUCACCUCCCAGGCCACCCACCUGCGGGUGGGCUGGGCCAUGACUGAGGGCUACAGCCCCUACCCGGGGGGCGGCGAAGGCUGGGGGGGCAACGGCGUCGGCGACGACCUCUACUCCUUCGGCUUCGAUGGCCUCCACCUCUGGUCAGGCCGCGUGGCCCGCUCCGUGGCCUCGCCCAGCCAGCACGCGCUGGCGGCAGACGACGUGGUAAGCUGCUGCCUGGACUUGAGCGUGCCCAGCAUCUCCUUCCGCAUCAACGGCUUCCCUGUGCAAGGCAUGUUCGAGAACUUCAACCUCGACGGGCUCUUCUUCCCCGUCGUCAGCUUCUCCGCCGGCAUCAAGGUCCGCUUCCUUCUGGGGGGCCGCCACGGCGACUUCAAGUUCCUGCCCCCGCCGGGCUACGCGCCCUGCUUCGAGGCCCUGCUGCCCCGCGAGCGGAUGCGGGUGGAGCCCAUCAAGGAGUACAAGUACGACUUGGAUGGCCUCCGCAACCUGCUGGGACCCAUCCAGUCCCUGUCCCACACCGCCUUCACCCCCUGCCCCGUCGACACCGUCCAGAUCGUGCUGCCCCCGCACCUGGAGCGGAUCCGGGAGAAGCUGGCGGAGAACAUCCACGAGCUGUGGGCACUCACUCGCAUUGAGCAGGGCUGGACCUAUGGGCCGGUCCGGGACGAUAACAAGCGCCUGCACCCCUGCCUGCUCGACUUUCACAGCCUGCCCGAGCCCGAGAGGAACUACAACCUGCAGAUGUCGGGGGAAACGCUGAAGACGCUUCUGGCCCUGGGCUGCCACGUGGGGAUGGGUGACGAGAAGGCUGAGGAGAACCUCAAGAAGACCAAGCUGCCCAAGACGUACAUGAUGUCCAACGGCUACAAGCCAGCCCCCCUGGACCUCAACCACGUCAAACUGACGCCGGCCCAGAACACGCUGGUGGACAAGCUGGCCGAGAACGGUCACAACGUGUGGGCCAGGGACCGUGUGCAGCAGGGCUGGACCUACAGCAUCGUGCAGGACAUCAAGAACAAGCGCAACCCGCGCCUGGUGCCCUACAACCUGCUGGACGAGCGCACCAAGAAGACCAACCGGGACAGCCUGUGCGAGGCCGUGCGCACCCUCAUCGGCUACGGCUACAACAUUGAGCCCCCCGAUCAGGAGACCUCAGCCCAGGGGGUGCCCAAAGCGCGCUCGGAGCGGGUGCGCAUCUUCCGGGCAGAGCAGGCCUACGCGGUGCGGGCUGGCAAGUGGUACUUCGAGUUCGAGGCUGUGACCACGGGCGAGAUGCGCGUGGGCUGGGCCCGGCCAGAUGUGCGGCCCGAUGUGGAGCUGGGCGCCGACGACCUUGCCUAUGUCUUCAACGGGCACCGGGGCCAGCGCUGGCACGUGGGCAGCGAGCCCUUUGGGAGGGCCUGGCAGUCAGGGGACGUGGUGGGCUGCAUGAUUGACCUCACCGAGAACCACAUCAUGUUCACCCUCAACGGCGAGAUGCUCAUCAGUGACUCGGGCUCCGAGCUUGCCUUCAAGGACAUCGAGAUCGGGGAUGGCUUCAUCCCAGUGUGCAGCCUGGGGCUGAGCCAGGCGGGACGGCUGAACCUGGGCCAGGAGGUGAGCAGCUUGCGGUACUUCACCAUCUGUGGCCUGCAGGAGGGCUUCGAGCCCUUCGCCAUCAACAUGAAGCGCGACAUCGCCAUGUGGUUCAGCAAGAGCCUGCCCCACUUCUCCCCCGUGCCUGCUGAGCACCCCCACUACGAGGUGUCGCGCAUGGACGGCACGGUGGACAGCCCGCCCUGCCUGCGGCUGACGCACCGGACCUUCGGCUCGCAAAACGCGGUGACGGAGCUGCUGUUCCUGCGCCUCAGCAUGCCCGUGCAGUUCCACGAGACCUUCAAGGUGGGCGCGGGCACCACGCCGCUGACCCGGACCUUCACCAUCCCCGAGGAGGACGUCAAGGACGUCGAGCCCGACUCCGAGUUCGAGGUGCUGCGCAAGUCGGCCAGCCGCAAGGAGGCCGAGGAGGCCGAGAAGGACAAGGCGGCGGUCCCUGCGCCACCCCCACCGAAGGAGCCCCCUCGGGCUGAGAACGAGAAGGAUGCCGCCACGGAGAAGAGCAAGAUCAAGAGGGGGUUCCUCUUCAAGGCCAAGAAGCCGGCGUUCAUCGCACCGCCCCCCGUGGUGCCCACGGUGCCGCGGCUGGAGGAGGAAGUGGUGCCCGACGACCGCGAUGACCCCGAGAUCAUCAUGAACACCACCACGUACUACUACUCCGUGCGCAUCUUUGCUGGGCAGGAGCCCACGUGCGCCUGGGUGGGCUGGGUGACCCCCGACUACCACCAGCACGACGCUGCCUUCGACCUGUCCAAGGUGCGCACCGUCACCGUCACCAUGGGUGAUGACAGGGGCAACAUCCACGACAGCAUCAAGCGCAGCAACUGCUACAUGGUCUGGGGCGGGGACUUUGUGAGCAACACACAGCAAGCCCGCAUCAGCCACGUGGACCUGGUCAUCGGCUGCCUGGUGGACCUGGCCACGGGCCUCAUGACCUUCACCGCCAACGGGAAGGAGGUCAACACCUUCUUCCAGGUGGAGCCAAACACGAAGCUCUUCCCGGCCGUCUUUGUCCUCCCGACCAGCCAGAACGUCAUCCAGUUCGAGCUGGGCAAGCUGAAGAACAUCAUGCCCCUCUCGGCCGCCAUGUUCUACAGCGAGCGGAAGAACCCCGAGCCCCAGUGCCCGCCCCGGCUCCUCAUCCAGAUGCUGACGCCUGUUUCCUGGAGCCGGAUGCCCAAUGAGUUCCUGUCUGUGGACGGAGCCCGGGCAAGCGAGCGCCACGGCUGGAUGGUGGAGUGCACCGACCCGCUGCUCAUGAUGGCGCUGCACAUCCCCGAGGAGAACAGGUGCAUCGACAUCCUGGAGCUGUCGGAGCGGCAGGACCUGCUGCGCUUCCACUACCACACGCUGAAGCUGUACAAGGCGGUGUGCGCGCUGGGUAACAAUGGCGUGGCUCAUGCCCUCUGCAGCCACGUGGACGAGUCCCAGCUGCUCUACACCAUCGAGAGCACCCAGCUGCCGGGGCUGCUGCGCAGCGGCUACUAUGACCUGCUCAUUGGCAUGCACCUGGAGUCGGCCCGCCGCGCCCGCGUCACCAUGAGCAACGAGUUCAUCCUGCCUAUGACGGACGACACCAAGAGCAUCACGCUUUUCCCGCCUGGCUCCAAGAAGCCUGGCCUCCCCGGCGUGGGCUUGAGCACUUGCCUGCGGCCCCAGCUGCACUUCUCCCACCCCUGCUUCAUCAGCACCAGCCCUGAGCGCUACCAGCUCAGCCCCUUCGUGCCGCUGGACGUGCUCAAGGCCAAGGCCAUCAACAUGCUGACGGAGGCUGUGCAGGACGGCGGGCAGCACACACGUGACCCCGUGGGCGGCAGUGUGGAGUUCCAGUUCGUGCCCGUGCUCAAGCUCAUCUCCACCCUGCUUAUCAUGGGCGUCUUCGAGGAUGGCGAUGUGUGCCACAUCCUCAAGAUGAUCGAGCCCAAUGUUUUUGGGGAGCCCCGGGAGGAGGCAGAUGGUGCUGGCGAAAUGGAGGAGGUGGAGGAAGAGAAGAAGGAGGAGGGGGAAGAGAAGGAGGAGGGGGAGGAGGAGAAGGAGGAGGAGGAUGGCGAGAAGUCGGAGGAGAUAAAGGCCAUCGAGGCUGGCGAGGUGGAGGCCAAGGAGGAAGACGAGGGGCUGGAAGAAGGGCUCCUGCAGAUGAAGCUGCCCGAAUCUGUCAAGUUGCAGAUGUGCAACCUGCUGCAGUACUUCUGCGACCGGGAGCUGCAGCACCGGGUGGAGUCCAUCAUCGCCUUCUCGGAGCGCUACAUGGAGCGGCUGCAGAGCAACCAGCGCCUGCGCUACAACCAGCUCAUGCAGGCCUUCACCAUGACGGCCGCCGAGACCGCGCGGCGCACCCGCGAGUUCCGCUCCCCGCCCCAGGAGCAGAUUAACAUGCUGGUGCACUUCAAGAACGAGUGCGAGGAGGAGGAGUGCCCCGUGCCCGAGGACAUCCGUGACGAGCUGCUCGAGUUCCACGCCGAUCUGCUGGCCCACUGUGGCAUCCAGGACCAGGGCGAGGAGGAGGAAGAGGCGGAGGACAUGUCGCUGCACCGGCGUCUGAUGGGCCUGGUUCAACGCGUGAUGAACCUGCGCAAGAAGGACGAGGAGGAGCUGCCCCCCAAGGAGGAGCCAGCGCCCAGCACACUGCAGGAGCUGGUCUCGCACACGGUGGUGCACUGGGCGCAGGAGUCGUUCAUCCAGAGCCCCGAGCUGGUGCGCGUCAUGUUCAGCCUGCUGCACCGGCAGUACGACGGCGUGGGCGAGCUGCUGCGCGCCCUGCCCCGUGCCUACACCAUCAGCGCUGUUUCCGUGAAAGACACCACCAGCCUGCUCGAGAGCCUGGGCCAGAUCCGCUCCCUGCUCAUCGUGCAGAUGGGCCCCGAGGAGGAGAACCUCAUGAUCCAGAGCAUCGGGAACAUCAUGAACAACAAAGUCUUCUACCAGCACCCGAACCUGAUGCGAGCUCUGGGCAUGCACGAGACGGUCAUGGAGGUGAUGGUGAGCGUGCUGGGCGGUGGUGAGUCCAAGGAGAUCCGGUUCCCCAAGAUGGUAACCAACUGCUGCCGCUUCCUCUGCUAUUUCUGCCGUAUCAGCCGCCAGAACCAGCGCUCCAUGUUUGACCACCUGGGCUACCUGCUGGAGAACAGCGGCAUCGGCCUGGGCAUGCGGGGCUCCACGCCGCUGGACGUAGCAGCCGCCUCGGUGAUCGACAACAACGAGUUGGCGCUGGCCCUCAAGGAGCAGGACCUGGAGAAGGUGGUGACGUACCUGGCGGGCUCCGGCCUGCAGAGCUGCCCCAUGCUGCUCUCCAAGGGCUACCCCGACAUCGGGUGGAACCCGUGCGGGGGCGAGCGUUACCUCGACUUCCUCCGCUUCGCUGUCUUCGUCAACGGUGAGAGCGUGGAGGAGAACGCCAGCGUGGUGGUCCGCCUGCUGAUCCGGCGCCCCGAGUGCUUUGGCCCGGCACUGCGCGGGGAGGGGGGCAGCGGGCUGCUGGCCGCCAUCGAGGAGGCCAUCAAGAUCUCCGAGGACCCUGCCCGCGAUGGGCCCACCAUCAAGAAGGACCGGCGCCGCGAGCUGUUCGGCGGGGAGGAGGUGCACGAGGAGAACCGGGUGCACCUGGGCAAUGCCAUCAUGUCCUUCUACGCGGCCCUGAUCGACCUGCUGGGGCGUUGUGCCCCCGAGAUGCACCUGAUCCAGGCCGGGAAGGGCGAGGCGCUGCGGAUCCGCGCUAUCCUGCGCUCCCUGGUGCCCCUGGAGGAUCUCGUCGGCGUCAUCAGCCUCCCGCUGCAGAUCCCAUCCUUCGGCAAGGACGGGAACAUCAUCGAGCCCAAGAUGUCGGCCAGCUUCGUGCCUGACCACAAGGCGCCCACGGUGCUCUUCCUGGACCGCGUCUACGGCAUCGAGAACCAGGACUUCCUGCUGCACGUGCUGGAGGUCGGCUUCCUCCCCGACAUGCGGGCCGCUGCCUCCCUCGACACGGCCGCAUUCAGCACGACGGAGAUGGCGCUGGCUUUGAACCGUUACCUGUGCCUGGCCGUGCUGCCCCUCAUCACCAAGUACGCGCCGCUCUUCGCCGGGACCGAGCACCGUGCCAUCAUGGUGGACUCCAUGCUGCACACCGUGUACCGCCUGUCCCGCGGGCGCUCCCUCACCAAGGCCCAGCGCGACGUCAUCGAGGAGUGCCUCAUGGCCCUGUGCCGGUACAUCCGGCCCUCCAUGCUGCAGCACCUGCUGCGCCGGCUGGUCUUCGACGUGCCCAUCCUCAACGAGUACUCCAAGAUGCCCCUCAAGCUGCUGACCAACCACUAUGAGCGGUGCUGGAAGUAUUACUGCCUGCCCACGGGCUGGGCCAACUACGGCAUCACCUCCGAGGAGGAGCUGCACCUCACCCGCAAGCUCUUUUGGGGCAUCUUCGAGUCUCUGUCCCAUAAGAAGUUCGACGUGGAGCUGUACAAGCUGGCCAUGCCGUGCCUAUGCGCCAUCGCCGGCGCCCUCCCGCCCGACUACGUGGAUGCCAGCUACUCCUCCAAGACGGAGAAGAAGGCGUCCGUCGAUGCCGAGGGCAACUUCGACCCCAAGCCCGUCGAGACGCUCAACGUCAUCGUCCCCGAGAAGCUGGACUCCUUCAUCAACAAGUACGCGGAGUACACGCACGAGAAGUGGGCCUUCGACAACAUCCAGAACAACUGGACCUUUGGGGAGACCGUGGACGAGGAGGCCAAGACGCACCCCAUGCUGCGGCCCUACAAGACCUUCUCUGAAAAGGACAAGGAGAUCUACCGCUGGCCCAUCAAGGAGUCGCUCAAGGCCAUGAUUGCCUGGGAGUGGACGGUGGAGAAGGCACGCGAGGGCGAGGAGGACAAGGGGGAGAAGAAGAAGACCCGCAAGAUCUCCCAGUCGGCUCAGGCUACGUACGACCCCAGCGUCCACACCUACAACCCGCAGCCCAUCGAACUGUCGGGGGUGACGCUCUCCAGGGAGCUGCAGGCCAUGGCGGAGCAGCUGGCUGAGAAUUACCACAACACCUGGGGCCGCAAGAAGAAGCAGGAGCUAGAGGCCAAGGGGGGCGGUUCCCACCCGCUGCUGGUGCCCUACGACACGCUGACGGCCAAGGAGAAGGCCCGCGACCGCGAGAAGGCGCAGGAGCUGCUCAAGUUCCUGCAGAUCAACGGCUACGCCGUCACCAGGGGGCUGAAGGACAUGGAGCUGGACACGUCGUCCAUCGAGAAGCGCUUCGCCUACGGCUUCUUGCAGCAGCUGCUCAAGUGGAUGGACAUCUCGCAGGAGUUCAUCGCCCACCUGGAGGCCGUGGUGAGCAGUGGGCGGGUGGAGAAGUCCCCCCACGAGCAGGAGAUCAAGUUCUUUGCCAAGAUCCUGCUGCCCCUCAUCAACCAGUACUUCCACAACCACUGCCUCUACUUCCUGUCCACGCCAGCCAAGGUGCUGGGCAGCGGGGGCCACGCGUCCAACAAGGAGAAGGAGAUGAUCACCAGCCUCUUCUGCAAGCUGGCCGCCCUGGUCAGGCACCGGGUCUCUCUCUUCGGCACAGAUGCAGCCUCUGUGGUGAACUGUCUGCACAUCCUCGCCCGGUCCCUGGAUGCCAGGACGGUGAUGAAGUCGGGCCCCGAGAUCGUGAAGGCGGGGCUGCGCUCCUUCUUCGAGAGCGCCUCCGAGGACAUCGAGAAGAUGGUGGAGAACCUCAAGCUGGGCAAGGUCUCGCAGUCGCGCACCCAGGUCAAGGGGGUGGCGCAGAACAUCAACUACACCACCGUGGCGCUGCUGCCCGUGCUCACCUCCCUCUUCGAGCACGUGGCCCAGCACCAGUUCGGCGACGACGUCAUGUUGGACGAUGUGCAGGUCUCCUGCUACCGGACGCUGUGCAGCAUCUACUCGCUGGGCACCACCAAGAACCCCUACGUAGAGCGGCAGCGCCCCGCGCUGGGUGAGUGCCUGGCCCGCUUGGCUGCCGCGAUGCCCGUCGCCUUUCUGGAGCCGCACCUCAACGCCCACAACCCCUGCUCCGUCUACAGCACCAAGUCCCCCCGCGAGCGCGCCAUCCUGGGUCUGCCAAGCCGGGUGGAGGAGAUGUGCCCUGACAUCCCGCCGCUGGAGCGGCUCAUGAAGGACAUCGGGGGCCUGGCGGAGUCGGGCGCCCGCUACACGGAGAUGCCGCACGUCAUCGAGGUGACGCUGCCCAUGCUCUGCAACUACCUGCCGCGCUGGUGGGAGCGCGGCCCCGAGACCACCCCACAGGGGCCCUGGUGCACCGAGGUCACCUCCGAGCACCUCAACGCCCUGCUGGGAAACAUCCUCAAGAUCAUCGUGAACAACUUGGGCAUUGAUGAGGCCUCCUGGAUGAAGCGUCUGGCAGUGUUCGCGCAGCCCAUUGUGAGCCGGGCGAAGCCGGAGCUGCUGCGCUCGCACUUCAUCCCCACCAUGGAGAAGCUGAAGAAGCGUGCGGGGAAGGUGGUGGCGGAGGAGGAGCAGCUGCGCAUGGAGGCCAAGGCCGAGACGGAGGACGCUGAGAUGCUCAUCCGUGACGAGUUCUCCGUGCUCUGCCGGGACCUGUAUGCGCUCUACCCGCUGCUCAUCCGCUACGUGGACAACAACAGGGCGAAGUGGCUGACGGAGCCCAGCGAGGAUGCGGAGGAGCUGUUCCGGAUGGUCGGGGAGGUCUUCAUCUACUGGUCCAAGUCCCACAACUUCAAGCGGGAGGAGCAGAACUUCGUGGUGCAGAACGAGAUCAACAACAUGUCCUUCCUGACGGCCGACAGCAAGAGCAAGAUGUCCAAGUCUGGAGAAGGCCAGUCGGGCGGCUCGGACCAGGAGCGCACCAAGAAGAAGCGCCGCGGGGACCGGUACUCGGUGCAGACCUCGCUCAUCGUGGCCACGCUCAAGAAGAUGCUGCCCAUUGGCCUCAACAUGUGCUCGCCCACUGACCAGGAGCUCAUCAACCUGGCCAAGACCCGCUACGCCCUGAAAGACACAGAUGAGGAGGUGCGGGAGUUCCUCAACAACAACCUGCACCUGCAAGGCAAGUGCGAGAACGUGUCGGCGAUGCGCUGGCAGCUGGCGCUGUACCGCGAGAUGGCCGGCAAGGCCGAGGACUGCGACAACCCCGAGAAGGUCGUGCGGCGCGUGCAGGAGGUCUCCGCUGUGCUCUUCCACCUGGAGCAGACGGAGCACCCCUACAAGUCCAAGAAGGCCGUGUGGCACAAGCUGCUGUCCAAGCAGCGCCGCCGCGCCGUGGUCGCCUGCUUCCGCAUGACGCCGCUCUACAACCUGCCCAGGCACCGGGCCUGCAACAUGUUCCUGGAAGCCUACAAGCUGUCGUGGAUCUUGUCGGAGGAGCACGCCUUCGAGGACAAGAUGAUUGACGACCUGGCUAAGUCGGGAGAGGAGGAGGAAGAGGAGGAAGAGCAGCAGGAGAAGAAGCCGGAUCCCCUGCACCAGCUCAUCCUGCACUUCAGCCGCACGGCGCUGACCGAGAAGAGCAAACUGGAGAAGGAUUAUCUGUACAUAGCGUACGCCGACAUCAUGGCCAAGAGCUGUCACACUGAGGAAGGUGAAGAGGAAGGUGAACAGGAAGAAGAGGAGGCUGAAGCCUCCUUCGAGGAGAAGGAGAUGGAGAAGCAGAAGCUGCUGUACCAGCAGGCCCGGCUGCACAACCGUGGCGCCGCCGAGAUGGUGCUGCAGAUGAUCAGCGCCUGCAAAGGGGAGCGCAGCGACAUGGUGUCGUCCACCCUCAAACUUGGCAUCGCCAUCCUCAACGGAGGCAACGUGGAUGUGCAACAGAAAAUGCUGGAUUACCUAAAGGACAAGAAGGAGAUCGGGUUCUUCCAAAGCACGCAGGCCCUGAUGCAGACCUGCAGCGUCCUGGACCUGAAUGCCUUUGAGAGGCAGAACAAGGCCGAGGGGCUGGGCAUGGUGACGGAGGAUGGAACCAUCAUCAACCGCGAGAACGGAGAGAAGGUGAUGUCGGACGACGAGUUCACGCAGGACCUCUUCCGCUUCCUGCAGCUUCUCUGCGAGGGGCACAACAAUGAUUUCCAGAACUACCUGCGCACCCAGACAGGCAACACGACCACCAUCAACAUCAUCAUCUGCACCGUGGACUAUCUGCUGCGGCUGCAGGAGUCCAUCAGUGACUUCUACUGGUACUACUCCGGCAAGGACGUCAUCGACGAGCAGGGUAAGCGCAACUUCUCCAAGGCCAUGGCCGUGGCCAAGCAGAUCUUCAACAGCCUCACCGAGUACAUCCAGGGCCCGUGCACGGGGAACCAGCAGAGCCUGGCGCACAGCCGGCUGUGGGACGCCGUGGUCGGCUUCCUCCACGUCUUCGCCCACAUGAUGAUGAAGCUGGCGCAGAUGCGCCCGCCCGCCGGACCCCGAGACGGCGACUCCAGCCAGAUCGGGCUGCUGAAGGAGCUGCUGGACCUGCAGAAGGACAUGGUGGUCAUGCUGCUGUCGCUGCUGGAAGGAAACGUGGUGAAUGGCACUAUCGCCCGGCAGAUGGUGGACAUGCUGGUGGAGUCCUCCAGCAACGUGACAAUGAUCCUCAAGUUCUUCGACAUGUUCUUGAAGCUGAAAGACAUCGUGGCCUCAGACGCUUUCCAGGACUGCAUCACAGACCCGCGGGGGCUCAUCUCCAAGAAGGACUUCCAGAAGGCCAUGGACAGCCAGAAGCAGUUCGAGCCCUCGGAGAUCCAGUUCCUGCUGGCCUGCUCGGAGGCCGAUGAGAACGAGAUGAUCGAUUACGAGGAGUUUGCCAACCGCUUCCAGGAGCCGGCCAAGGACAUUGGCUUCAACAUCGCCGUGCUGCUCACCAACCUGUCGGAGCACGUGCCCCACGAUGGGCGCCUCAAGACCUUCCUGGAGCAGGCUGAGAGCAUCCUGGACUACUUCCGGCCUUACCUGGGCCGCAUCGAGAUCAUGGGCGCCAGCAAACGCAUCGAGCGCAUCUACUUCGAGAUCAGCGAGACCAACAAGGCGCAGUGGGAGAUGCCGCAGGUCAAGGAGUCCAAGCGGCAGUUCAUCUUCGACGUGGUGAACGAGGGCGGUGAGUCGGAGAAGAUGGAGCUCUUCGUCAACUUCUGCGAGGACACCAUUUUCGAGAUGCAGAUCGCCGCGCAGAUCUCCGAGGAGGAAGGCGAGAAGGAGGAUGUGGACGAGGAUGAGGUUGAAGUCGGGGAGGCGGCGGCGGCGGGGGAGGGGGAGGCGGCAGCUGCCCCUGCUGAGCCAGCCUCGGCCUUUGGGGAGUUUCUGGCCAGCGUCCUCGGCGUCUGCCACCUCUUCACCUACCGCAACGCGCGGCGGCAGCUGCGCAAGGUGAAGCGCAUGACGCUCAAGGAGAUGGUGACAGCUGUGGCCGGGAUGCUCUAUGCCACUGUCCUGGGGCUGCUGUUUUUUGUUGCCGGGAUCCUCAAGGGCCUGCUGCUGCUGCUGUGGGCCACGCUCUUCGGCGGUGGCCUGGUGGAAGGGGCCAAGAAGCUGACGGUGACGGAGCUGCUGGCCAGCAUGCCUGACCCCACGCAGGACGAGGUGCACGGGGACCUGGGGCCGCCUGAUGAGGGGCAGGUGGCAGCUGAGGGCGAGGACGCGGCCGACUUUGCUGAACCCGGAAAGGAGGAGGAGGCUGAUGAGACCCGUGAGGCCUUCGGGGUGGAGUUGAAGAAGGACACGGGGCACUACCGCCUGGCUGCCAUCGACGCGCCUGGUGGGCUGGGCGACAUCGGGGACAGCACGCCAGUUGAGCCACCCACACCUGAGGGCACCCCCAUCCUCAAGAGGAAGCUGGAGGUGGAGGUGGAUAUGGAGGGUGAGGAGGUUGAACCCGAGCCGGAGAAUGUGGAAGAGGUGGCCGCCGAGGCCGAGAAGGCUGACGCGGAGAAUGGGGAGAAGGGGCCGAAGGCUGAGGCGGAGGUGAAGGUGGAGCCGCCAGAGCCCGAGCCGCAGGCAGAAGCUGAGGCGGAGGCGGAGGCCCCGGAGCGGCAGCGGCGGCGGCGGCGGCGGAAGACAGCCUCGCGCGAGCGCCAGGACGAGGUGACCGAGAGCGGCUUUGAGUUCUGGAACGAGCUGGAGGUGCAGCGCAUCAAGUUCCUGAACUACCUGUCACGGAACUUCUACAACCUGCGGUUCCUGGCGCUCUUCCUCGCCUUCGCCAUCAACUUCAUCCUGCUCUUCUACAAGGUGUCGGACUCUCCACCGGGCGAGGAGGAGCUGGAGGGCUUGGGGCUGGAGGAGGAGCCGGGCAGCGGGUCCGGCUGGGGGGCGCUGGGCGCGGGCGACGAGGAUGAGGACGAGGACAGCGUGGUCUACUACUUCCUGGAGGAGAGCACGGGCUACAUGCAGCCCACGCUGCAGCUGCUGGCCCUGGUGCACACGCUCGUCGCCUUCCUUUGCAUCAUCGGCUACAACUGCCUCAAGGUGCCUCUGGUGAUCUUCAAGCGGGAGAAGGAGCUGGCGCGCAAGCUGGAGUUCGACGGGCUGUACAUCACCGAGCAGCCCGAGGACGAUGACAUCAAGGGCCAGUGGGACCGGCUGGUGCUCAACGCCCCGUCUUUCCCGAGCAACUACUGGGACAAGUUCAUCAAGAGGAAGGUGCUGGAGAAGUACGGGGACAUCUACGGGCGCGAGCGCAUGGCCGAGCUGCUGGGCAUGGACCUGGCCAGCCUGGACAUCAGCAUCCAGAGCGAGAAGAAGCCCCAGCCUGACAAGUCCAUGCUGACGUGGGUCACUUCCAUCGACAUCAAGUACCAGAUCUGGAAGUUUGGGGUCAUCUUCACCGACAACUCCUUCCUGUACCUGGCCUGGUACAUGGUCAUGUCGCUGCUGGGCCACUACAACAACUUCUUCUUCGCCGCCCACCUGCUGGACGUGGCCAUGGGCGUCAAGACGCUGCGCACCAUCCUGUCCUCCGUCACCCACAACGGCAAGCAGCUGGCCAUGACAGUGGGGCUGCUGGCCGUGGUGGUCUACCUCUACACGGUCGUGGCCUUCAACUUCUUCCGCAAGUUCUACAACAAGAGCGAGGACGAAGACGAGCCCGACAUGAAGUGCGACGACAUGAUGACGUGCUACCUGUUCCACAUGUACGUGGGGGUCCGGGCCGGCGGGGGCAUCGGGGACGAGAUUGAGGACCCGGCAGGCGACGAGUACGAGCUCUACCGCGUCAUCUUCGACAUCACCUUCUUCUUCUUCGUCAUUGUCAUCCUGCUGGCCAUCAUCCAGGGUCUGAUCAUUGAUGCCUUCGGGGAGCUGCGAGACCAGCAGGAGCAGGUGAAGGAGGACAUGGAGACCAAAUGCUUCAUCUGCGGCAUUGGCAGCGACUACUUCGACACGACGCCGCACGGCUUUGAGACGCACACGCUGGAGGAGCAUAACCUGGCCAACUACAUGUUCUUCCUCAUGUACCUCAUCAACAAGGACGAGACGGAGCACACGGGACAGGAGUCCUACGUGUGGAAGAUGUACCAAGAGCGCUGCUGGGACUUCUUCCCCGCCGGCGACUGCUUCCGCAAGCAGUACGAAGACCAGCUGAGCUAGGCCCCCCCCACUGUGGAUCCCCCCCCGGGGGAGCUCUCCCCCCCAACAUGUCCCUGGGGGCCGGUCCAUGGACCCCCAAUUUCAAGUGCCUUUAUGGGGUAGUUUUGCUGGGGUGGGGUGGCUGUGGCAAUUGACGCUGGGGUGGGGGUGGGGGGGUCCUUGCCCCCCCCCCCGGGGCCCUCUGGGGCAAUAAACCAUUGUCUUUGCUGCAC